AUGGCUCUCAAGCCCGACAGCCCGAAUUCCAAGAGGAAAUUCCGCAGGCCGAAAGGCGCGGUGGGAAUAGCACCAGACUUUCCGGAAUUUGCCAAAGUAAGGACACCAACGAUACCACAGCAGAAGACGAAGUCGUCGAUAAAGGCAGGCCGGAUUCCUUCUCCGCCCCGCCCACAACCAAAGAAGAAGAAAACAAAGACCCGGACAUGGAAGGGAUGGUUCCUUAGUUCGUUAUUCAAAUAUUCUCUCCUCUACUCACUCUACGUUUACAUCUGGACAUGUCCAAAAGAUGGCACCGAUGACCGAACGAUAUGUGAUCUUGGUGAUAGAACGUUAGAUAUCGUAGAGCCUUACAUGUAUGAUGCCUACGAUUUUUACAUUGAACCGUAUUACGACGAAUAUCUGGCCUCUUAUGUCAACAAAGCUGCCCCAUACAUCAUAUCUGCGAACGAACAGUACAUCCGGCCGGCCCGAGUUUACGCCGUUGAGCAAUUCGAGAAGACAGGGCGGCCACUGCUCGUAAAGGCAAAGGAUGCUGCUGUCGCGACACUCUCCCCCUACGCCCAGAGAGCAUACGAUGCUUACCUGGCGGAGUUUGUAGCUACGGGCCGAGAAGCCUAUGAUGCAUACGCACCCACCGCAGAAAAGUACGGGAAGCAAGGAUAUGACUACGCCAUUGAGAAAGCUUACCCCUAUUAUCUAAUUUCGCUGCCUUACCUUGAGAAAGCAUGGGAGCAAGGAAUCGAGACUGCAGGAUGGGCUGGCGUUGAAGGGAAAGGAUGGAUUUCUCGAAGGUGGGGCAUUCACGUGGAACCCCAGCUUUGGAGGAUUCAAGAAAGACUCGGACUGAAGGGAUUGAGAGGUACCCGAGUCCAAGAUGGCCCAACACCCCCUCAUCGUGGUAAUCCAAAUGCUUCCGACACUGCUCCCGAAAAUAUCCUCGAAGAGUCAUACGAGGAUAUUGAUGCCAAAGAGACACCACAAGCGAACGCCCAAGGAGCGACUGGAGAGGAAAAAGAGAAAAAGAAGUCCUCAGCCGAACAAAUUGAAGCAGCUAGACCAAAAGUUGAAGCCGAUCUAGAAUCCUGGGGUGCCAAAUUCGAAGAAGCUGGUGCCAAAGCUUCAGCUGAUGUUGUUUCCCAGCUGGACGAGCUGUGUGGCAAAGUUAUGAAGGAACAUGGUACUCUGUCCACAGAAAUAUUGACAGACCUCGAAGCCCGCAUUGAAAAAGAAUACAAGGAUUUCGAACAAGGUCUCGGAACACUCCUCGACAGCCCCGCUGAAACGAAGUAUGUUAUGGUCGGAUAUGAUGGCCUCGUGGGCAGAACCAUGCAAAAUCUUAAGGAGAAACAGACUCAGAUUAAGGGUCGCACCCAGGAGCUUCUUAUGGAUACCUAUCAAACCACUGCCAAAAUCGUAGACGCAGCAUUAGCAGAAAUGGAUUCGGCGCAUGACAUUGGCAUGCAAGAACUAGGAAUGAAAUGGGCUUGGAUGGAGGGUGUCACAUACAAGGACUGGGCAAAGUACCACGAUCUUAAGAAAGCAUUUGGGUCCUUGAAGACGAAGGUCAUUCGAUCCGGUCAAGGUCACAAAGGUCUCCGAGAGGUCACCGACUACGCCAAAUCCAUAGACGACGCCGCAGCUGAUGUUUUGAAAGUUGCACGCGUCGAGGUUGGCAAAUUGGAGAAGCUCGGGAGACAAAGGCUUGUCAAGGCUUGCGCUGAGAGGGACGCAGCAGAGGCGGAGAAGGAAGCCGCUGGGAAGUCUGAUAAACAAACGGUGGGCGAUGUGGAACGUGACGAGAAAGGAGAGGUUGUAAAAGAGGUUCCACCAUCCGACGCCACCAAAGAGGUACCAGAACCUAAGGAGAAGACAGAGAAAUCCGCAGAUCCCUCAGAGGACGAAUCUAAUCAUACGCCAGGCCAAGGCCAGGCAGAGUCAGAACGCCAACAGAAAGCCGAACCCGAAGGCGUCGAGGCCACCACCCUCCAAGAACGGCCUACCGCCCAAGAAACGACCCAACCCGAACCAGAGACCAAACCCGAAGAAUCAGCCUCCUCCUCCUCAGAAGCGGCCAGCCACCAAGCCGAAGGCCGGGACACCACAGAAAAAACCGAACCCGAACCCGAACCUGAAGCCCAAGCCCAAAGCUCAGCUCAACCAGAAGCCGAGACCCCCGCCAAAUCCGAACCCCAACCAGAAACCGAGGCCGAAUCCCAACCAGAAGCCAGCCCAGAGCCAAAGGCCCCCAAAGCAGAACCCGAAUCAGCCGGUAAAAAAGAAGAAUCCUAA